AUGUUAGAAUAUAUAAUAACAAUUUUGGUAAUUAUUCUAUCAUUAUUAAAGAUCAUCAAAACUGUAUGGAGAAAAUCUAUAACAAAUGAAUCUAGUACGAAGAAAACAUUUCCGAAAUGGAAUCCAGUUUCAUUUAAGGCUCCACUUCCAGUUCCUUAUCCUGAUUGGUCAAUAGAGAGUACUCGUCCAUUAUUAUAUCGUCCAUUUAAGUAUGGACCUGAUUAUUUUAUAACAAUGGGAAUUCGACGUUUAGAUUGGAAUGAUUGGAUUGAAUUAGAUAAUCAAUGGAUAAGAUAUCAUAAAGAAAAACUUGAUCGUCUUUCUCAAGAAAGAGCUUCUCAUUUAUGUAAAACAGCACCUGAAGCACAUGAUGCUGCACUUGAAACAAUGGAAUUACUUAGUGAAUAUUUAGUUCAUCGUUAUCCAUCAUUAUUUCAAUAUGAAUUUAAUAAUAAUGAAAAACAAAUUCGAAUAAAAGCAACAGGAGAAAUAUAUUCGAUAAAUAGUGAUGAUCCUCUUAAAUAUGCAUCACUUUUAAUUCAAGAUGAUUUAGCUAUUAUGUUAGAAGGAUAUGAUGGACAAUAUUAUCUUAAAGCUGGCUCAAUUAUUAUUCCUGGUUUUUGGCGUCUUCAAGAUAAAUUUAAUAUGCCUCUUGCACAAAUUCAUAUGUCUGGUGAUGUUCCGAAAUUUAAAGAAAAAUUAAAAAAUAGUAUGGAAAGAUAUUUUCAAAAGAUGACUCCUCAACAUCCUGUUAUUCGACAUAAUUAUUUUAUUCAAACAGACGAAGAUCUAGCUUGGUCAAAUUCAAUUGGACCUGAAGAUACAUUUGGUAUUGGAUGGCAAAAUGCUAAACCAAAUCCACCUAUUCAAUAUAUUCAUUUUCGUAGUGAAAGACAAACACUUAGACGAUUACCAAGAAGUGGAGCCAUUCUUUUUACUAUUCGUCCUUAUUUUGUUCCAAUUGUUGAGAUAGCUAAAGAACCAGGUGUUCCAGGACGAUUAGCUUCAGCUAUACGCAGUUGGCCAGAUGAUGUUGCUCGAUACAAAGGAAAAAAAGCUUAUGAAGAUGUUCUUUUAAAAUAUCUUGAUGAAAAGCAUCAAGAACAAUGUGAUAAUGGUAUACAAGUUGAUCCUUCCAAAUUUUAUCCAUAUUAA